CUAGAUUCAUCCUAAGGCAUCCAUGAAUCAUGAUUGCCAUUAUUGGUGAAGCCUCUGACAAGUUAGCCAUGAUUGAAGGAGACUUGACCCCCACCCUCCUCUUUAUCUUCUCUUCUUUAUAAGUUCCCCACACCCUCAUCCAUUCCCCUCAAAGCUGAAUUCAUUCUCUCCCAAUCUCUCUUGUUCUCCUUCUUCUUCCCCUUUCUGAAGAGAGAAAGCAGAAGGCCCAAAAAAACUAGAGACCAAAGAUGAUGCAGGAAAAGGUGGAUCUAGGCCUUAGCUUGAGCCUCAACUCUUCUCAAAGCCACAUUCCUCCUUCCACCUCCUCUCCUUCUCCAUUCCCCUUCCAUCAAAAGCCACUAUGGUCUAAACUUCCUUCUCCUUCAGUAGAGGAGGCGCAGCCGAAGCUGAAGGGGAUCGAUGUGAACAGGAAGCCAGGGGUGGAGAGAGUUCUUGAGGAGGAGGAGGAGGAGGAGGGCACAUCGUCGCCAGAUAGCACGCUUUCGAGUUUGAGUGGAAAGAGGAGUAGGAGGGAUCCAUUUUCCAAUACUGAGAUCCAUCGGCUCGAGAGGAUGAGCUCGAAGGGGGUCAGCGAUGAGGAGGAUGGAGAGGGCUCUCGGAAGAAGCUCCGGCUCUCCAAGGAGCAGUCUGCUGUUCUCGAGGAGUGCUUCAAGGAGCACAAUACCCUCAAUCCAAAGCAGAAGAUUGCAUUGGCAAAGCAGCUCAACCUUAGGCCAAGGCAAGUGGAAGUAUGGUUCCAGAACAGAAGAGCAAGGACAAAGCUGAAGCAGACUGAGGUGGACUGUGAAUACCUGAAGAGGUGGUGUGAGAGGCUGACAGAAGAAAACAGAAGGCUACAGAAGGAAGUUGCCGAGCUGAGGGCACUGAAGCUGCUGUCACCAAUGCAGAUGCCUGUGAGGAUGAUGCCUCCCACCACCCUCACCAUGUGUCCUUCCUGCCAGCGAGUGAUCUCCCCCUCGAACUCAUCCAACUCCUCCACCACCACCACCACGGCCACCGCCACCUCGUCUCCACCGGCAAACCACCAGCACCACCACUUGUUCCCCAGCACGGCCCACUCGAAUCCAAAUCCAUGGGCCUUGACGCCUUUUGGAGCUGCCUACCUCAAUCAGAGCUCCUAAAUCUGGGUAUCUAUGAUAAUGAGACUACGCAAUGCUAUGCUGGUGCUGAAACAUUUGUAUCAAAUGAUGCAAAGAUAUGUUGGUACCAUGGUUGGAGAUGGAAUGGGAGAAUGAAUUUUCUUCUCCCUAUGUCAUUGUGAUAGGUAAAGGUGAUGAAAUGAAAUCCCGUCUAUAUUUUUUUCUGACGGGCAUGUACCAAACCAUUUAUUUUUGCUAAUCAAUUAAUCCAAGCAUUUCUUCAAUGAGAGGUCUAUGCAUUGAGUCAGAUAUCAAAAGGAUGAAGGAAAGCCCAUCUGUGUGCAAGUUUUCAUCACCCUUUCCAUUGUCCCUAUUAGUUAAAAGAGGAUUUGUAUGUUUCUAUUGUGUUAUGAUUUGAGGUUAAAUCUUGGUGCAAAUGUAAGAUUAGGAUCUCAUUCGAAAAGUCUAAGCAGAAGGUAUUAUUUGAGUUCCUUUU